AACAACUUGACAGCCCCUUUUUUUGAUAUACCAUGACGAGCCAAGUUAGCCUCAUGUCGUACUUACAGCAUGGUCUUCCUCACCUGCCUGUUCUCGACCAAGCACAGUCACCGCCCAACACACAAAAUGAUCAUUACAGGGAAGCUGAUAUCACCCGCGUCGGUCACUGGACAGAAUUUAACCUUGCUGCUAUCCAACAACAGUACGGGGCCCUUCUGGCAGCCGCACGAAUUCCAGACGAACCAUUUCAACCUUCUCCUCCACGACCGAUCAACUCCAAACGCGCAGUCCAAUCCCGCAUUAACGCCUAUCUGACCAAUAGAAUCAUACGUGCUCUUCGCUGCGGAUUUUCAUAUCUAAAGUCUACCCAACAGCUGGCCAACCUCACGGUUGUGAACUACGACGCUGGUACAAUGGCCGCGACUAUUGAAGACUUUACUCCCGACCUCGCCUUCUUUGAUCCGAACCUCGAGAUCAAAACCCGACCAAACCGCGUCCCGGGCGAUAUCGAACCAUCUUUCAAAUGGUCCCUUGACCUGAGAAACCAUCCCGACCCCACUGUUCGUACGGAAUUUAAACAGGCCCUAGCCCAAGUCAACUUCUACAUGAACCAACACCAUGCGCGCUACGGGUUCAUUCUCACGGACUGCGAACUUGUCGCUAUCCGGCGGCUUGAUCGGGACGGCAGCCUGGAACUCGCUGAUUCCAUCCCCUGGAGUGCAAGGGGCUCUGCUUCACAGCCCAGACUAACAGUUCUACUCGGCAUCUGGUACUUAGGGAUGCUUGCGGCAAAUGACCAGGACUGGUCUCUUGAUUGAUUGCGUCUUUGGAAGGUAUAAGGGCUUGGUUGCUAAUGUCAUCUCUGG